CUCGUCACCUACGAAUUUCUGAUCACCUUCAGCAACGAGAUUGAGAUUGUUUGGAGGAGGCCUAUCACUGCACGUGCCGUGCUCCUUGGCUCGGUACGAUGGUGUAUGCUCCUCGCGAACGUCGCGAAUCUUGCGCCGACAACUACGAAUGUAAGCCUUGAAUGUUUCUGGCCGUGUGCAAUCCGUGACAAUGCUUACUACAGGAGUAAGUACAGCUUGUUUAAAGGCCUGCGGGCAGCGGUCUUUUCUGCCUUGCGUGUCUUCGCAGUCCGGGAUAAGAGCUAUGUCUGGUCGCUGAUCACGUUUGCGUUGGGCAUGGUGCCAUUUGCGACGAAUAUGGUGUGUGACUCUUAUAAUUGA